AUGCAGACGCAAUGGCCUGUGAUCAACUAUAUCGGCAUGGUUGAAGAAAUCAACGCCGCAUAUAAGCUCUCAGGUGAUACACAACAAGCAGCGAUUUGCUAUGAGAAAUGUAAUGAUUUGCUUUUUCAAAUUGAGGAACGUGGAUAUUUUUUCAUCGCUCACACACAUCUCAUUCUCGCCGUGUUAGCUUAUUCCAGAGAUCCCACCUCCAUUCAACAACACAUCCAGAUCGCCCUUCUCCAAAUCCGCAAUUUCCUUUCCCUUCCCGAAAACGCCUGCAGAAUCGGUGUCUACGACCCCUCCGAUUGCACCCAUGCACUCUUUCUCAACAAACCCUACGCCGACAUAAGACUCAUGACCCAAUACCAUCUCUUCGUUCUCGCUCUCCAACAAGAACAUUCCGAUAUAGCUGGAAGUCCAUGGGACACGAUUUUCAAGGCGAUAGGCAAAGGAGAUGAUGCAUUUCGAUGCGAGGAUUACGAAAUGGAAGUCAAGAGUGCCGAAACGGGACUCUAUGUGAUGGAACCCUUUCAUAAGCCGAUAUUGCCGAAGAUUGCGAAGACGGAGGAUGAAAUUGCGAGUGAGAAGUGGGAGAGAGGUGCGAGGUGGUGGAGAUAUAUGAAUAGAGAGUUGGCGAAGGGACAUUUAGGAGAGGAUGUGCAUCUUUUGGGGGGAGCACAUCUUGCGCCCUUUUUCCUGACGGGAAUCUUUGGUUUCUGGGAUAGUUGCGUUGGGUGGAUUAGAGGGUAUGGGGGCUUGAGUGGAGAGGGUGGGGGAUGGAGGGGUGAUGGUGAUACUGGAGGGGAGAGCGCUAGGGUGGUGGACAAGGAUAGAGAGAGAUUGGAGCGAACUUCUAAUCGUGUUCGUCUCACCGGGUAUUGUAGGACCACGCUGCCUUUUACUCCGAAGAUUUUCGAUUAUAGGGAUUGUGUGUGUGUACAGCAUAAGGAGGUCUAUAGCAAUUGUUCUGAGAGGGAUAAAGCGAUCGCGGAUGCGGAGCUGAGGAUUCAGGGAUAUGCUAGUACGAGUGGAUGUGGAUAUCAGUGGGAUUUCUAA